UCUAUCACACAAACCUUUUGCUACUAACCCAAGAAACAAAAAAAUCACAAACCAAGCUUAAUUACCCAAGAGAGAAAUUAAGAAGCUAGUUUGCUUGUUUUUCGGUGAACUCAGGGAGUCAGAUAGAUAAUACUGAUCCCUCGAGAUAUUGAGAUUCAUCUAAGAGAUUAAUAUCAUCCUACCCAACCACAAGCUUAGAUUGAAACAAGAUGGAAGUGGUGGUACAAAGUCCUAGUAGUCCAACCAUGGAUAAUUUCGAUUUUGGUGGCAACAUGGGUUCGAUCUAUCAAAGUGUCCCUUCUUCACCAAAAGGUUUUGGUAAUUACUACCUAAGCGCACCCACGAGUCCAUCUAGGAUGUCUGAAUUAUUCAGCGAAUUUGAAUAUUAUUCUUCAGCUUCACCCUCUUCAUUCGAAGCCGCCAACAUAAUUGAUGAUGAUGACGACGACGAAAACAAGGACUACAGUUUCGCGUUUUAUGUUAAUCGCGAUCAAUCCGACAAGUCCUCUCGCUCGGCCGAAGAGCUCUUCCACGGUGGCAAAAUCAAGCCCUUGAACGAGCCACGUUCUUCUUCUAAGGACUCUUCUGUUGCUGAACAAAAAAGAGGCAGAGAAAGAGAGAGAACUUCUUCUUCAACAACAACGUUGUCAUCUUCGAACUCGGGUGGUCGUAGGGUGACACGAUCACACUCUCCUUAUAGAAAAUCAUGGGAAGUUGAACAACAACAACAACAACCUCAACCUCGGAGCAGCAAACAGGAAUCAAGUGCAAGUGUUUUGUCCUCGAGUACUUCUUCCAAGGGUUCGAAGAGGUGGUGGCUGAAGGACUUUUUGUUGUUCCGUAGUGCCUCCGAAGGGAGAGGUUCAAGCAAAGAUGCAUUGAAGAAGUACUACAAGAAGAAUAGUAACGAAGAGGUUAAAGGGUCGUCGAGUUUUAGAUCCUCGGAUUCGUCGAGAUCAAGAAAGGAACCGCUUUCGGCGCAUGAGUUGCACUAUGCCAUGAAGAGACAAGAGUCCGAGGAUAUGAAGAAGAGAACCUUCUUGCCUUACAGACAAGGGAUUCUGGGAAGGUUGGCUGGUUUCGGAAUCUAGUUUUAAUUACCAGAUCAUGGUGAUGAUGAUGAGGUUUCCUUGAUGAAUUUUCGUGUAUACCCAGUUGUUGUUUUUGUUUUUUAGUGAAAAAGAAAAUGUUGUAUUCUUUUGUUAAAUUGUAAUUUCUCUCAAGUGGGUUUAAGCUGUGUAUGUUGACCCAAUCAUUUGUCCUUUAUGUAAAGGCCAGGUAAUUAUAUAUUAUGAUGCGAGUUGCAAUUUGCGAAUCAUCGCGGUCAA